AUGCAGCCUGGGGGUGCCCAGCUCGCAUCGCGCCUGGAGGCGCUGGCUGCGCAGGAGCUGGCUGACACAGCUGAUCAGAGAUGCCCCUGCUGUGGCGCAGAGCUGAUGCGGCGCCCGAGGGUUGCUUCAUUAGCAGACCGCUACCGUGAGGGAAAGCAUACAAAUCCACUGCUUCAGGGCUUCUUUCGGGACUGGCCAAAUUCCUGGGAGGCCCUGAUGGGCCCAGAGUUCCAUACCUUCCAUAAGGCACGAAGCCUACAUAAGGAGCUGUCAGAGUCCCUGGCAGUUCUUGACCGGCUUGAAGAGGUAUGCCCUGAGCUGCGGCUUGCUGAUGGGAAGGGUUGGCAUGUCGUUGACCUGUGCUGUGGCAAGUCUCUGACAUGUGCCCUCGCCGCUUCGCAGCUUGCCGAGUUGGCUAUAUCAGCAGUAGAUCGAGUGGGGCCAGAAGGUCUGCCACACUACGCAUGGGCUGGUAUGCUUAAUGUCCAGUACUUGCAGCAGGAUUUGUUUGCUCAGAACUAUACGGAUGUCCUGAGCCACAGAAUUUCUCAGGUCAGCAGACCAGCGGCUAUCAUUGGAAUCCACCUCUGUGGCCGGCUGAGUGAGCGUGCCAUUGAGCUCUUCGAAGGUGUGGAGGAUGUGAGAGUAUGCAUCAUCGUCCCUUGCUGCUUACCACAUUUGCGCCAAGCCCCUGCAUGCUUAAAGCAUCUCUACCGGAAAUCCGUGGCAGACGAAAAGCAAUACGCCGCAUGGGCGGAGUACCUGCAUGGAAGACUGGCUGACGUCUCCGGUGCCACCGUGGAGAUGACAACAGCGCCCCACAUGAAGUCCACAAAAAGGACAAUGAUUGCUGCUGUCAAAAAACUGUGA